CAAAAAUCAAAAUAAUAAUAAAAAAUCCUAACCAGAGUCUAAUCUCUCCUUCCCCUCAUUUUAUAAUACAAAUUCUUUAUCCACCGUGUGGAUAGAAUAAAUCAUUAAAUCAUCACCCUCCUCUUUUAUUAUAUUUUACCUAAAAUUCUUACCUAAAAAACUAUUAAUUAUCAAAAAAAAAAAAAUGGUUGCUCCACGCUUCACUAAAAUAUUCUCUAUCGCUGUAAUUGUUACUUUCUUGCUUUCCUCGGUUGAAUCAGCAAAAAAUGAAACUGAUUGCCCUAAAACAUUAUCAAUCAAUGCCAAGUCUGAUGGUAAAGGGAAAAAAGUUAUCGUUGUCUUUAAAGACGAGCAAGCUGCUAAAAGACAACAUGAGUUGUUUAAAAAUUGUUUUGAUGCAGAAAUUGAUAGUUUCGAAAAAAUUAAAUCUCUUAGCAAUAAAGGAAAACCCACUUUCGCUAGUUUCGGAAUUGUUAAUCUUUUUGGACUUACUGGAGAAAUGACACUACAAUUUGCAAAGGAACUUGAAAAAAUGGAUGAUGUUGAUUAUAUUGAAGAAGAUGGUAUUGUUAAGACACAAUAUGUAAUACC